CGCCCUCAUUUCCCGCUCUUUGUCCUUCUAUCUAUUCUGAAGCGGGUUCGGAUCAAGUUUUCUUCAGACUGUCUGGCUUGGCUUUUUAAAUUUAGGGCUCUUUUUGUAUUUGGGGGGAUUUUUUGAGUUUUUUGGUUUGUGUUUUUUUUUUUUUGUACAAGGCGUUUUAUAAUUUUUUUUUUCCUGUUGUGUGUGGCAAAAAAACCUCGCAGUUCGAUUCGAGCCGAGUGAUUCAGGCGCUCCGCGGGGAGGAGCGGAGGGGAAAGAAGAAAAAAAAAAAAAAAAAAAAGAGUUGACUUUGUCGUCGUCGAGCUCGCGGUGCCUGUAUGCGGGCGAGGACACACGGCUGAGCCCCUCGGUCCCCGCGCCGCCCGGGGCUCCGCUCUCCCCGCACCCGCGCUCCGCCCGCCCCGCUCCGCUCCGGGGCGCCUCCCCGCCCCCCCCGCCGGUUGCCAUGGUGCCGCGGCCCGGCGUGCUAUGGGCAGUGGCGGCGGCGGCGCUGGCGCUGCUGGUCCGGCGGGCGGCGGUGGCGCUGGCGGGGCCCGUGGUGCGGUGCGAGCCGUGCGACGCGCGGGCGCUGCAGCAGUGCAAGCCCCUGCGGCCCGACUGCGCCGAACGGGUGCGCGAGCCCGGCUGCGGCUGCUGCCUCACCUGCGCCCUGCGCGCCGGGCAGCCCUGCGGCAUCUACACGGAGCGCUGCGGAGCCGGGCUGAGCUGCCGCCCGCGGCUGGAGGAGGCCCGGCCGCUGCAGGCGCUGCUGGAGGGGCGCGGGCUCUGCACCAACGCCACGGCGGGCGGCAAGCUGCACGCCUUCCUGCUGCCCGCGCCGCACGCUGCAGGAAAUUUCAGUGGUUCAGAAGAAGAUGACCGCAGCACCAGCAGCAUGGAAACUCAGGCCAUCCCAAACUCUCACAGGGUGCCAGAUUCCAAAUCACAUCCACCGCACAUCAAAAUAGAUAUCAUUAGGAAAGUCCAAGCCAAAAAUACGCAACGCUAUAAAGUGGAAUAUGAUUCACAGAGUACAGACACACUGAAUUUCUCUUCUGAAUCCAAACAAGAGACUGAAUACGGUCCCUGUCGUAGAGAAAUGGAAGACACAUUAAACCACCUAAAGAUCCUGAAUGUCUUGAGUCCCAGGGGGUUUCAUAUUCCGAAUUGUGACAAGAAGGGGUUCUACAAGAAAAAGCAAUGUCGUCCAUCUAAAGGCCGAAAAAGAGGUUACUGCUGGUGCGUGGAUAAAUACGGACAGCCACUUCCUGGAUACGAUGGCAAGGGAAAAGGAGAUGUACACUGCUAUAACUUGGAAAGCAAAUGAGGGCUGGGUGCCAGCUCUUCUGGCAUCUAUGUGUGGCUGCUGGACCUCGCAGAGACCUUGGAGGGGCUGGGCAAACACUGUGGACUGCACUGUGCAUGGAGUAAUGAGCUCUGCCUCCUGCGGCAGAUAGGGAGUUGCAGGCUCUGUGGACAUUGCUGCAGCUGCACCCUGCCACCACCAUGCAUCGAGCUUCCUAUAGGAUGCAUAGGGAGCUCUGAAUCCCCACGGAAAUCUGCACUAUUGAUACCCAGAGUGAGACAGAAAAGGCACUUCAGAAUAGAUUCAGGGAGUCUCCACGGACUUUUUAAAGAACGGCCUGUGACCAAUUUGAUCCUGAAAGAUACUGGUUUUUUAUUUCAAAGAAUUUACAGAUUGUAAGCUUGUAAAAGUAUUAAACAAAACAGAAAAUCCACAAGGAUUUAAAGGUUAAGCUUUUUUUACAGGUCUGACGGGAAACUUAUCUUCACGGGUAAAAAUUUUUAUAAAAAUCUCAACUUUUUGAAGAAAAGUAUUUCUAAAAUAAAGACAUGGCUAUUUUUUCUGUAAGAUAUAUUAUGAAUAUUCUUUUAGUCUGUAUUUAAUAUAAUUGUUUUUUAAUAAACUUUAUUUAAGUGUAACAUGUGAAUACCAAAUACUACACAAUAAUUCUAGUGUAUACUUCUGUAUGCAAAGAGAAAGUAAGGUUAUGGAAUGAUUUACAAAUAUGUAUAGAUCCAUAUGCAUACACACUGAUCUACUCUAGAUAUAGAAGUGAAUUUGUAGGGUGAAGGAAGUGUUACCAGAAGAGAUUAAGUUUUGUUAUUUGAAGUAACUACAAAUGCCAAGGUAAUAUUUUUUUAAUUUAAAAAAUAAUAUUUUAUAUUAUUGGUAUUUCUAAUGUACCCAUCACUGAAUUAUGCCACUGGAAAGGAUAACAGUUGCACUGGAGCUCUUGGUAAAGCAUUCUGUCUGUUCUUUGCUUCAGUUUGUGCAACAGAACCUACAUUUCCUCUGUUUUCUUCUCACACUUAAUACAGAAUAGUCAUAGACAAAAAAAUGCCAUUACAGUACCACCCUUUCUAGUUGCUUAUUUAUUUUGAAAAGCUGUAUGUAUUGUCUGUUGUGUUGGUACACUUUACCGAAGCACAUAUUCUGUAUUAGGAACUCGUGUUUAAAGCAAUGCUGACAAGAUGGGGGAUCGUGGACCUGGAUGUUGAAACCCCCGUGCUUCAUUUAUGCUACACACAAUUGUUGCUUGCUUUGACUUUGGUAUAAAUAAUUUGCCUGUAUCCAAGCACAGAAUAAGAACCAUUUGGUUUAAACAUUUAAACCAACUGCCUGGUAUGAUGUUGUAUGUACUUUUAAUUGGAAGAUAUUUUGUUUUGUUCUGGUGUGUGAUGCUUUCACAUAAGGAAGACUUUGGCAAAAUGUUUUUUUUUAGUUUGAUUGUUUACUCAACUUCAUGGCAAAUUUGUAUAACAGUGAAAUUUGGGUAAGGAAAGGUGGCCUAUGAAAUGUAACAUCUCUCUGGAAAGUAAUGCCAUAUUUUGUAUAUGUGUUUAUUUAUAUAUUUUAUAUAAAUAUUUUAUAUAUUUAUAUAAAUAUAUAAUAUAUUCUUA